UUGGCAAAAUUAUUGUUAUCGUGUUUUCUUUCUAAUUUGGAUAUUGGUUUUCUUGAUAGCGCACAUUAUCUAGUGCGUGAUUAGUUGGCCGUCGAUAACGGACUAUCAGUGUUCGAGAAGUCGUGGCGGCAGCUGAUUUAUAAAGUAGAUUUUUUUAUAAAUAACUCAAAAGUGAAAGGUCAAAGCAAAAUGGGUGCCAAAUUUCCUUUCUCAAUGGAGAAUAUACCAAGACAGAAACGUUUCGGUUGCUUCUCGUUAAAAAUUGGAUCAGUUUUUUCAGCGCUUGUUAUUAUAAUAUACUCUGUGAUGGCUAUAGCACAAUGCCUGGCGAUUCUAAACGUGCUGCCGUCAAACCUGUCACAAGAUGAGUCAGAGGUCAUCGCGUCGUACGGUGUCAUUAUUUUCAUCACUAUCGUUCAUGUCACCACUUUUAUCAUCACCUCGCUUAUGCUUGUUGGUGUGUUAAGGGAGAAAGCAAACUUGAUCCGUCCAUGGCUGGUGUGGACGACUGUGCAGGUGAUGACGUCAGUUUUCAUGUUUAUCUUCUGGAGUACACUCAACGUCAUCAUACAUUCCGGCGAAAAUUCCUUGAUUCUUUACGUUUUCGAGUUUUUGGGACUCACACUUCGUUUCUACAUGUUAAUGUUGGUGGCCAGCUACUAUAAGCAGUUAGAAGAAGAAAAAGAUGAGACGGAACGACUAAGAAAUAUUCUAAACCAUGAGAUGUGGUAUAGUGCAGCGUGAUACGAUGAUAAUAUGGCCGCCGUACACGGAUAGCUUUAAGCAGAUGUUUCCAAUAAUAAUUUUAGCGAUGGCGACUAAAAAAUCCAUCCGUAUAGGGAACGUUAAUUACUGACUGGCUUAAACUGUACGUGUAAGGUGGCCUUUAUAUUCCAAACAUAUUGUGAUACUAUCCAUGCGAAAAUCCAAUUUCGUAUUGUUUUGAAUUAU